AAAAGCAGACUUCAAAGGCAUGUUUCAGGAUUCCAAUUACAGUGACAGAAUUACACUGGAAAUGAUGAUUAGAAGAUGAUGAAGUAAUCCUCUGUUCUCGGGCGUCACAAACAUCUAAGUAAGGUAAAUUUACCCAGGCUGUGCCAGGACACCUGUCACAUUUGGAUACAACUUUUUUGUACCUUUGCAUUUUCAAACCCCCGUGGAACGUUUCAGAAUGCACCGGUUUUUCACUGAUUUCGAAGAUGACCCGUUCUUCUCCGAGCCAUUCCGGGCUCACAGGGAAAACAUGCAGCGGUUGGCGCAAGGUUCCUCUGAUCAAAACCCCGACACAGUGGAGCAUCCAUGCACAUCCACUGUGUUAGAAGACGAACACAGCAGCCGUAACUGUGCUCCCGACGCGGCAGAGCAUCCCGGCUCGUCCACUGUGUUAAGAGAAGAACACAGCAGCCAACAGCGCAUUCCCGACAUGACGGAGGAUUCUAGCUCUUCCGUGGCGUUAAGAGACGAGCACGGCAGCUUGUUCUGGAACAAUUUCAGCGUGUUCGACAACUCCAUAAGAAACAGGAUCCAGGAGAUGCACCAAAACUUUGAGAACAUGUCCGCCGAUCCAAACAUCCACUCGUUCAGCUCCUCAUCAGUAAUGACGUAUUCAAAGGUUGGGAAUGAGGCUCCCAAGGUUUUCCAGGCAACGUCGUCCACACAGUGUGCCCCUGGGGGGAUCAAAGAGACCCGGCGAGCGCUUAAAGACUCCGAGAGCGGUCUGGAGAAGAUGGCGGUCGGUCACCACAUCAGGGACAGGGGAUACGUUCUCAAAAAGAAAUACAACAACAACACAAGAGAGGAGGAGCUCAUCCAGGACUUUCAGAACAUUGAUCAAUCGGAAGCACAGUCUUUCGACGAUGAGUGGAACCGGGAGGUGUCCAAGUUCCAAGAUCCAGGUGUCAGGCCUAGCCUGGAGGAAGCACGGCCGCGUGCUGCUCAGCGGUCAGCCCUCACUGCUCGCAAGCAGUCUCACAGAAACCAAUCAAAAAUAAAUACUAGGAGUAAAAGUAACCUGAAAGGCUUGGGCACGAAAAAGCAGUAAAAGCAGUAUCGUAUUUUGUGUAACAAAAAAAGUGGAAGUGAUGCAACAAGGAAUACAGAGAGAAACAGACACGGAUAAUACAGUUGAGAACAUGGUGGACAAACCAUGUGAGGGGCCCACUGCAAGAGAAGAGCUGCAGAUCGCCCAGUUCCUCUUCUUAGUAGUCCACCGUGUCUUCAACAAAACUGGAGCCCUGAAAUUAACUAAUGAGCGCACAGUGGCCGCACACAUGAAGCGUCUGCUGGAGCUGACGAUGGACGAGUUAAAUUUACCAGAGGAGCUCGUUACGUUCAAGUUCAACAUGUAUAAAUCAGUGGCAGAUGGUGUCACUAAAGACCUUCAGAAGACAUUUUUGGACAAAGUGGAACAAAUGCUGUUUCUGCCAGAAGCACAUGUGGAGAACAUAAUCACCGGCUGUAUUCAAAAGCACAUCAGGAUCGAGUUGAAGCGUACCCACUUCAUCUGCAAAUCUCCCGCCAAAUGCCUGUUUGCAGGUUUAGUCAUCGUGGGGGCAACUGUCGCUUUGUGCGUCUACCUCUUCCUGUGGUGAUACGUUUUUGAGUUCAACAGCUUAUGGUAAAUGGAAAACUGAAAACAUAACCUUAACACGAAUUAACAGAAUAAUUAGCAACAAUAACUAGAACAUGUUGAUUUCUGCAGAAAACGCAAUUGGGAACUCGUGUUUUAGGGUUCUAUAAUAAUUUUUUA